AUGGACGAAACAGCGCAGCGCAGUCUUCUAUUAUGGGUGCAGAGCUUCCACGAGAAGUUGGCGACGGACGUGCAGGUCUCGAGCAUGGAGGAUCUGUGCGACGGUGUCUUCCUCUCCAAGAUCAUGCACCACAUCGACGCCGAGUACGUUAACUUGGAGCAGAUCAAUGAGCAGCCAGGAGGCAACUGGGCGCUCAAGUCCAACAACCUUAAGACGCUGCUCCGUGCUGUUGAGUUAUUUUACACGGACGAACUGGGUCAGAUCUGCCACGCUGACGAGUUAGUGGACCCUCUACUGAUCGCCAAGGAGAACGACGUGCACGAGGUCUCGAAGCUAACAGAAUUGCUGCUUGGCUGUGCUGUCCAAUGUCCAAACAAGUCUGAGUACAUCCACCCCAUUAUGCAGAUGGGAGCAUCCGAACAGGCCAGUUUAAUGCACGCGAUCGAGAAUCUCAUGCACCGUUUCCAGCCACUGUCUCCAGGUGGAGUAUCAAACGCUAGUCGCCGUAACUCGAUAGCUCACGGUGCGUCCUUCGACGAGAUAGCGUCUCCUUCAUCGUCAGCGUCUGUAUCUGCUAUGGCUUCGGGUGGCUCUGCUGAAGCACUGGCUGCUCAACUGGCCCAGGCCCUGGAGCGAAGUUCGUCUAUGGAGCUAAGAUAUCUGGAUAUGGAGCGCGAGAAGCGAGAACUAACGGAGCGUUUCGAGCGAACUCUGACGGAGCAUCGAGAGCUGGCUGAGAAGUACUCAGCUCUUGAAGGCGAACGCGACCAGCUGCGUAGCGAACGCCAGAACACGCUCACUCGUGACAAUAAAAAGAUCCAGCAGAUUGUGGACAAUGAAGUCCAUGCUCUUCAGAUGCAGAUGGAGGAGAAGGAUCUGGAGCUGAAUCGUGUCAAACGAGAGUCUGGAGAACGCUUGAUGAUGCUGGAGAACGAAGUGCGUCGCCAGGCUGACGAGCUUGAUAUCUCUCGCUCCAAGCUGGGGACGUUGAACAAAUUGGAAGCGAGCGUGUCCAAGUACAAGAAGAAACUGGAGGAGAUGAACUCGUUGCGCGGUCAGGUGCGAGAGCUCGAGACUCUUAACGCUCAGUACUUGGACAAGGUAGUGGACUUGGAGAGCACGAUCAAGACGAUGCCGGGGUUGAAGAGUCUCGUGGAGAAGUACAAGAACCAGGUUGUGGAACUGGAAACUGCCAAUGUCCAGGCGAGUUCCAAUCUCAACGUCAAGGAACAGAAGAUCCGGAGACUGCAGGAAGAACUGGACAGUGCAUUGGGCGGCAAGGAAUUCCUCGAGUCUCAAGUGGAAGAGCUGCGCGCACAGUUGUCGAGCAUGCAAUACCGAGAAAGCACCGACGACGCAAUGGCUGCUGGCGAGAGUAGUGCCGUCAACGGAGGUGGCUUGAGUGCCGACAUGUUGCUGGGUCGCGACUCUGCUAGCGGCUUGAAAGAGCGCGUGGCUCGACUCGAGCGUGAGAAUGCAGAGCUCAAGAGCGGCAAUGCUGACGCUGGACAGGCAGAGCUGACGAACGAUCUGGAUAUGGCCAUCAAGGCCAAGGAAUCGUUGCAAGUCUCUCUCUUCCAGAUGCAGAAACAGAACGAUCAACUGUCGGAAGAUUUGCGCAACACGCGGAUCCAGAACGAACAACAGCAACAAAUGCUGGCGCAGCUUCAGCAGGCCCAACCUCAGCGGCAGUUCCAGUCCCAGCAGCAGCAGUGGCACAACGCACCGGGUGGACCGGAACCCAUGCAGGUUUUCAAUGAUAUGGCAGUCAGAGAGGGAGUCGCAGCAGCUGGAACGGCCGGCUUUGCGUCACCGGCCGCACUCGAGUCCGGCGUUGCGAUGGGACCGGGUGGGGCCAUGCAGGCUCCUGUGCCUACGCCCGGUGCUGUCGUGGUAACUAGCAGCAACAAUGCGCUGUCAUCGGCUCAGAUUGCCGAAUACCAGGACAAGCUGGAGAAACUGGAAAUCGAGGCAGAAGCCGUGGACUCGCUACGUGCCACAGUGACGGAACUGACGAAGCGUCUGAAGGAAAAAGAAUCCGUCAUCAACGAGCUCUCGGAGCAACGCGCGAAGCUGGAAAACUACACGAAGAAGACGCUGCAUGCUGUACAGACCAAGUAUAUGGUGGCUGUGAGUUCUCAUCGUAAUCAGAUCAACGAGAAGCAAGAGCGCGUGGAUUUCUUAGAGAAAAAGAUGAAGGAGGUCCGCGGUUCGUACUCUCGCGAACAGGCUCUCAUGAUGUCGUCCUUCUACGAGAUUGGAACGGAAAUGCAACGUCGUACGAUGAUGCCCCAAGGUCCAGUGGCAGGAGCUCCAGGCGCUGGGUCAUGGCUUGCUAACAAGAGGACAGAAGAACGAGCCAAAAGGCGACAAGGAGCAUGA